AUGGAGCCCAUCACCCGAGAAAGAGCAAGUGCCGAGAGGGAAUUCUCCUGUCCAACUCCACAAAGCCAUAUGGGUGGAAACAUACCUGGGAGAAGAGGAGGGGGGGGGGAGGGGGAGGGAGAGAAGGAUAUAUCAAAACAGAGGGAGGAAUGCUUCAGAGCAGACUCGCCUCCCGUGCUGGCUAUACCUGUCACAGUCAUUCCUGAAGACGACUCAGUCCCCCAGUGCGCACCCUGCCCCUCCACCCCCUCGGAGACUUUGCCGUCCAGUGGCAGCUGGCCAGAGUCGGCCAUCUCCUUGGCACCGACUACAGCGGAGUUCCAAACAACCUUAUCACAGCCGGAGGAGCCUGCCACUGGCACAGGCUCAAAGCAAAGUUUAGGUCAGGAGAAACGCAGAUCGAAAGAAAAUCGUGUUACGCGGAAGACUGUGAAUCUGCCUUCCAAAAAUAAGGCUUUUGCCCACAAGGUGCUCGUUAGCCCGGAGCCAAGUUUGGAUGGGAACGAAGCAACGGAAGAGGAGCUCAGCGGAGAUUCAACUACAAAGACUUCAGAUGCAACAGAAGUGAAGCCACUGGCAAGCCUCCGAAACAACAACAAUGUUGAACUUAAGGAAGCCGACCCUGAGCCAUUAUCAACAACAGAUGACACUACACACUCUGACACACAAUCUCCUGAACUCCUAGUUAAAGUAAAAUCUGACUCUGAGGCCUCUGACUUUGAUAAUACUUCUGCUACUUCAGACAUGUACAGAGAAAAGUCACAAGCAGUGGGAUCUGGGGUAAGAAGCCAAGGAACUAACCAGGCUACAUCCUCUAAACGAGGGGUUAAAGCAGCAGCAGAAAGUCGGCAUACCACAGCAAGUGGAGCAAAGCCCCCAUCCCCAGCAGCUGGCAACAAAGCCAAAAAUGUGACAACAAAGGCUAAGGCCUCCACAGAGAGCACAAAAGUUGGAAAUUCCAUUGAUAUGCCACCACAGAGGAAACCUAGCAAUGAUAAAACAGCUUCUAUGUUAUUGACGUUAAAAGACCAAAGCACCAGCGGUCCCUCAAGUCCAACUGGAUCAAAGUCUAAAAUACCCAAAAGGUCAGCAUCAGAUGCUGAGGUGAAAUCACCAGUGACACCAGAUAAAACAUCAGUGACUGAUUCCUCCGGGUCAGUGGUCACUUCCAAACUGCAGAAACAACCCAAAACUAAAGAAGCUUUGAAAUCUCCGGUGACUACAACCAGACCAAGCAGGAAACAAAGUUUUGAAGAAGCCAAGGAAGUGAAAGCUCUGUCUGGAAACAUUUCUCCCACAAAAACAACACAUCAGACAGGAACAAUGGUUAUUAAAGAAAAGUCUGACGAGGUCAGUGACCUGGUAAAUGGUGUGAAGAAAGACCACGAGGAGAGUGGUAUUAAAACAGAACACACACCUGACAGGGAAGGCAUGGAUGUAAAAAAACAAGGGCAAAACUGUCCGGAGAAUAAUGCCUCCUCGGCAUCAAAGAGUCGGUUGCCCAUUUCAUCUCCGACAAGAAAGAGGAACGUUGAGAUAACUCAAACAAGUGGCACCAACUAUAAAAAAAUGACACAUGGUCAGACAGAUUCAAAAAUAUCCGAGACUGUCCAGAAGCAGAAUCCAGAGCAGCAAGAUGUAACUCCUGGCGAGAGACCUGGUAGUGAGACACCACCCCCACUGCCUGAAAGUCCUAAGAAAGGAAGCAUGCUGUCAACCAGACCAUCCAAAUGCCUCUCUAAGAGAAGCAUUAGCCAUGAAGAGAGUGACACACCCAACGCGUGUGUCUCUCCACCUCCCACAAAGCAAGAGAAAACCGCGUCACCGAGCUUCUCCAAACAGAGCGACAUCAAACGCCACAACAGUCCAGUAAAGGAUUCAGCUGCUCCCCCAUCGUCUGUAAGCAAGCUUCCUAAAAGGAGUCAGAGAAGCCCCAACAAAGUAACAUCCAUAAAACUUUCACCAACCGAGAUUUCUGCAAGCACAUCCACAUCUAAACAGGAGGAAGUGAAUCAGAACACUUACGGAGAGACCGCUGUCAAAGCAUCUGAGAGUGUCAUAGUAGAUCAAUUGAAAGACAAAUCCAGUGGUGACAUAUUUAUGUUUGAGUCUCUGUCUCUAAAGGAACAAGAGCGUGCAAUAAAACUCAAGGACAAUCAGUCAAUUAAAAGUGAAAACAAGCUGGAAAACAAAGUAACAAAACAAGUAAAGGAGAGCAUAACCAGUCCUGCAACUGAGGAUGUUUCAAAAAUCCAACAAAUACAAAACAAUGAUGCGAUUAUUACCAAAAACACACAAGUUAAAGUUACACCAGUUACAGGCCCAGGGGCUGAGGUAUUGCCUAGCUAUGAUGUUGCCAAAGAAAGUCCAUCUCAGUCACCUGUUACUGAUGCAGAAGUUACUGAUGCAAAAGUUGAGUGUCAACCUAAGAAAUCUCACAUUCAAAGUGGCAACACCACACAGAAACAAGAAACAGCGUUAUCACCAAAGAUUUGUCCAGAAGAAGUAAAAGAGAAAGACAUUUUAGAGACAACACAGCUAAUAAGGAACAGAAAAACAGAUUUAAUCCAGAAGAGAGGCCUUCCAGUGCCAAAUUCUGCCUUGUUGGCUAAAGACACAAUACCAGCUUGUGAGGAUGUAACUGAUAUGUCAGCCAAACCUGUUGUGGUUGGCAGCACUGACUGUGAAAUAAGGACCCACUCUGAGAAGGAAGGUGUUGUGACUGGUAGUGUUUCCCUUGAAGAAACAAAUAAGGUCACGUCUAAGGAAUAUAAUAGCAGAAAUAGUAUUCCUGCUGAAUCGGCCUCAAAAGACCAAGAUGCUGAUCCAAAAGAUGUACUUUCAGCCACUUCCAUUGCUGUUGGUGCUAACCUGGCCAGUACAGAGCAGCAAAAUGAGUUAUUGAAGGAUCAAACCAAAAAUACUAUUCUUAAAAAUGAUAGAUUGCCCACAUUAAGCAGAGAUUUAGUAAAUGAUUUUGAGGUAAAGGAGAAGAGUGAAGAGGAGGCUGGCAGGAAACCAGCAGAGGCUCUGGACAUUCAUACAGAAGCUGUGAGUGUUUGUGAAUUGGCCAAGAAUGUUGAAAAUCAGCCGGACAAAGAGCCUCUUUUACGGGCACGAGAAUGUGAAAGACAUGAGAAAGACUCAAAACCAAAUGAAAAGCUGAAUGACUCAGCGGAAGAAAGCGCUGACUCACAGAAGAGCUGCGAGAAGGAGCUCAAGGGCAUAACUAUCGUGGAUGAAGCAGAGAAAGAUGUUAUAAAAUCACAGAAGCCAUUAGAACUGUCAUCAGGGGAGAAAUGUUUACGGCCUGACGCAGAGGAGGGACCGCAGACGGUAGUUACGGAUGCCCUGAAAGAGAAGAAGGCAGAGCAAGCAAGAAGUGCACUCCAUGAAAACACAGCCAGUGUUGUUGAUACAAAGCAGGAAUGCGAGAUCCUCCUAAAAGAAAAGGCAGAGAGUGGUAAUCAGGAAAAAGAUGAGCAGAUGAAGACUUUAACCGUGGAACCCAAGGAUACCAAAGUGAUUCUAACCAAAGAUGAGAAGGUCAAGGAUAAGGAAGUAAAUCAGGAGGAAAAACACGCUGACGACAUAAAGAAGCGUCAAACUCCAGAACUAAAAGCCGGAACCACUAAAACAACUUUUACUAAAGAAGAGAGUGAAACAAAGGAUUUACCUAAUGAGAUUUCAAAUGACACUGCUGACUCUGAAGUUAGGAGCCAUAUGGAACAGAAGACCUUAAUUGCUGGAAACCAAGAUGAGGGCAUUAAAGAAACAGCGGAGAAUGCUUUGAGAUCAGCAGAAUCCAAAUGUCCAAAUGCUGACCUAGAACAGCAACUUGAGUCAGAAAAAGCUCCAGAGAAGACAACAGAAAGCCAAGUUUUAAAAAAGGAUACAACUCAAGAACUAAAAACAGUAAGCAGUGACACCCAGAGUCCUGAAGGUACUAAAGAUAAGACUGACGCAAAGGAUUCACCAAUCAAGAGUUUGGUGAAUGAGACUGCAAUUGUUCAUUCUAAAAGUGAAGAUAGCAUACAACAAGACCAUAUGUCCAUAAUUGGUAAAGAUCAACAUGAGGACAUAACCAAACCAGAUACAAGCAAAUCAACAGAAUCCAAACGUCCACAUACUGACCUGAAACAGGAAGCGGUAAAAGCUAAAACAGAAGCUCCAGAGAAGAAAUCACAAAGCCAAAUUCAAAAACUAAAGGAUGUAAGCACCCACAUUCAGAGUGCAGAGGGAGCUAAAGAGAAGACUGAAACAAAGGAUUCAUCAGUAAGGAGUCUAGUGAAUGAGACUGCAAUUAUGAAUUCUAACAGUGAAGUUUGCCCCCAACAAGACCAGAUGUCCACACUUGUUAGAAACCAAGAUGCAGACUUUGCAAAACAAGAGAAAAACAAAUUAACAGAAUCCAAUUGUCCAAAUUCUAACCUGGAACAAGAACCACAGACAGUAAGAACUAGUGAAGGUACUACAGAAAAGACUGAAACAAAGGAUUCAUCAGUGAAGAAUUUGGUGAAUGAGACAGAAACUGCGAACGCUAACUCUGAAGUUAGCAACCAACAGGAUCAGAAGAGUAUAAUUGUUAGAGAUCAACAUGAGGACAUAACCAAACCGGAUACAAGCAAAUCAACAGAAUCCAAACAUCCACAUACUGACCUGAAACAGGAAGCGGUAAAAACAGAAGAUCCAGAGAAGAAAUCACAAAGCCAAAUUCAAGAACUAAAUGAUGGAAGCACCAAAAUUCAGAGUGUGGUUGGAUCUAAAGAGAAGACUGAAACAAAGGAUUCACCAAUAAAGAGUCUGGUGAAUGAGAUUGUAAUUGAGAAUGCUAACUCUGAAGUUAGCACCCAAAAGGACCAAAAUCUCUCAAUUGUCAAAGAUGAACAUGGGAAGGUUAAGAAACCAGAGAAAAAAACUGAUCAAUCCACAGAUUUCAAAGCCCCAGCUGCUCUGCCAAUUGUUUUCACAACUGAAAAAGCAGCUAGUAAAACUGAUAAGAAGCUGAAGAAAAGAAAAGAAAUUCGAGCGAGUCUUGAAGUUGAAAAUAAAGUGACGAAGCAGGAAGAUCAGCAGACAAAGGCAUCAAAGAUAGAUGCCAAGCAAGAGUCGAAACGCAUUUUCGUAGAAGAUGCAUCUAGCAAAAUAGGUAGCGGAGAACAAGAAGACAAGCCUUCUGUUGUUCCAGAUAAAGUAGUUCAUAGCACUGAUGCUCAGAAGAAGGAUGAAGACACCAGAGAAAAAACUAAAACAGACAGCAGUUUGAAACAGGAACUGCAGACUUCAAGAGAAAAGAAAACCAUAAACCUCGUCGAUCCACAGAAGCCUGCAAAGCCAGCGCUCAAUGGCAGUUUGUCUCUUUCUGCAACAUCUCAAAGUCUUCAGCUAAAGAAAGAAUCUCCUUCGAGCUGGUUGGAUGUCGAGCAUCAAAAACAGAAGAAGGAACAUAAGAGAAGACUAAAUGUGUCAGCCAGUGAAGAUGAAUCUCUUGAGCCUGAUGACUUUGAUGAUUUAUGCAGGAACAUUAAGGAGGGCAGCAUUCCGUUCUCACACCCUCCAAAGAGGCAUAUUCGGAAAAAGUCCCCGUCCCCACCUUUCUCCAUGCCGGCCAUCAAGGAGGACCAUUUUGAAAGAACGUUUGAUCCAGAUCAAUUCCAGUUCGGCUUAAGAAAAAAUGGCACAGGUUUUAGGGAUCUUUCCCCGGCGAUGAUGAUUAAACAAAAAGCAGCUAUUAGGGAAGGACGGACCCUGGAAAAACGCUUGCAAGAUACUUCUGGAGACAAAAUGAAAUCACUUGAUGAGGUGGAAGGAAAAGAUGGAGUCAAAGAGGGAACAAAUAUUGAAGCAGGAAAAGAAGAGGAACAUAACGGAGGAGAGCCUGGGAAGCUGACGUCACGACUUGAAAGGAUGUCCAUCCUCUCUAGCUUACUGAGUUCUCCUCGGUCCUCCAGGAAGACCAAACAGGAAGCUGCCUCCGCCUCAAAUAGCUCACUUUCUAACCAACGACAGGGCCUGUCCUCACUUGGAGAGGGAGUCGAUGACUCACCUCUGCCUGCAGAUAAAAAGGGUGUGAAAGGUUUAGAUCAAGGCUCACUUGUGGGUGGUGGUAUAGGUGCAGUUAGUGAGUCAGCACUCAACCCCACCUCUCCUCCUCCUCCUCUGCACAUGUUCUCGGAGAUAAAACUGCCUGAUCAUUUAGAGAAGUACCUCAAAAAGAACAAAUCAGAGUCUGAGGCCUUGAAGAGCUCUACAAUGACAAAUACAACGAAACUGAAUCCUGAGGGAACUGUGAUGGACUCGACAGCAGUACCAAAUGUAGAUGUGAGCCUGAAGGGCCCUGAAGAAGUGCUUCCAACCAGCAAAAACAGCCAGCAGACUUCUCAAAAUGGACUAAAUACUUCUACGCCUAAGAUCCCUGCUGUAAGAGGGUUCCACAAAAGGCCUGGAAAGAUUGUCGUACAUGAACAAGCUCAGUUUGGAGGGCAGUCGUUUGAACACUACUGUGAUGUAGAGGAUACCACCACGAUGAAGCUGUCCCCUGUCAUCUCGGUCCGAGUCAUCAGAGGAUGCUGGCUCCUCUAUGAAAAACCUGGCUUCCAGGGUCGUAUCAUUGCCCUUGAGGAAGGUCCUACAGAGCACAUAGUGAAUAUGUGGGCAGAGGAGGGAACUCAGACGACACUAGACCAGACGGGACAGCCUGUACCAACAACACCUAUGGUCAUAGGUUCUAUGAGACUGGCAGUUAGAGACUAUAGCAUACCCCAAAUUGACCUGUUUGCAGAUGUAAAUGGGAUGGGAAGGAUGAUAUCUUACUGUGACGACACUGUAGAGAUUGGCUCCUACAGGACUCCACAGACCACUGGCUCCAUCAGGGUUCAAUCUGGAGUCUGGCUGGUGUACAAUGAGCCAGGGUUUGGAGGUUUGGUGGCUGUGCUGGAGGUUGGGGAGUUUCCCUGCCCAGAGUCCUGGGGUUUCCCUGAGCCCUUCAUUGGCUCUCUCAGACCCCUCCGAAUGGGACCAAUAAGGGUGGACCAUCCUCAUGAAUUAAAGGCCUUAGUGUUUGAGAAGCCCAACUUUGAUGGAGAGUGCACAGAGGUCGACAGUGAUGUGUACAAAUUACAAGAAGAGAUGGAAGGGGAGAAAACGGGCAAACCAGACGAGAACAAGAAGACAUUGUCUACAGUGGGGUCUAUAAAGAUACUUGGUGGUCUCUGGGUGGGCUAUCAAGAGGCAGACUUUGAAGGGCAGCAGUACAUCCUGGAGGAGGGGGAGUAUCCUCACUGCAGUGACUGGGGAGGGCUGGAGGAUGGGCUCCUGUCACUUCGGCCUGUAUGCACAGAUUUCAUGUCCCCUCACAUUAAACUGUUCAGUGAGCAGCACUUUGAUGAACUGGGGCUUAGUGUGGACUUACUGGGUCCCGUACAAAACAUGGAGAACGUCAGCCAUGGUGUCAAAACUCAGUCUGUCAACGUCAUGGGUGGAGUGUGGGUGGGCUUUGAACAGCCUGGAUUCAGUGGAGAGCUCUACGUCCUGGAGAGAGGCCUGUAUGCAAACCCAGAGGACUGGGGGGCGCAGAACUUCAAGAUCUCAUCCAUCCAGCCGGUCUUCCAUGACAUACUGAUGGAAACAACUAAAUUCAAGAUGCAGCUGUAUUCUGAGCCAGACUUCCAGGGAAGGCUGGUGGCUCUGGAGGACAGCGCAGCAACUCUGGAUGAGGACUUCAUACCUAAGUCCUGUAAGGUGCUGGCUGGCAGCUGGGUGGCAUAUGAAGGAGCUCAGUUCACGGAGAACAUGUAUGUGUUGGAGGAGGGACAAUACUCCAACACAGAGGCCAUGGGCUUCCUGUCCUCAGACUCUACCAUUCGCUCCUUACAGACCACUGGACAUGAGCUUUCUCUGCCCUCCAUCAUCUUGUUCAAUAAGGCGGGCUGCAGAGGUCGCAGAGCGGUGUUGACACAUGGAGCUUUGAACCUGCUGCAGGCAGGCCUGGACACACGCACACGCUCUGUGGUGGUGCAGGGAGGAAUGUGGGUGUUGUAUGAAGGCAGUAACUUCUGUGGUCGACAGCUGCUUCUCCAGCCAAGUCAAGUGGUUGAUUUGUUGAAGUUCAGCGGCAUGCAGCGAAUAGGAUCCCUACGGCCAUUACUCCAGAAGCAGAUGUACCUCCGUCUGCGGAACAGGGAGACAGGAGGUGCGAUGUCUCUGACAGGAACUCUGAAUGACAUCCAGCUGAUGAGGGUCCAGGCUGUGGAGGAGACAGGAGGGUUUGAGCAGGUCUGGCUCUAUCGGGACGGGCAGCUUACCUGCAAGCUGGUUGAGGACUGUUGCCUGGAGACCACAGGCAGUAUGGUGAUGGAGGGCAGCAGGCUUUGUGUUACCCCGCAGCGAGCCAACGGCAACCACCUGUGGAACAUCACCGGCGAUGGCCUGGUGCACUGCCACCUGAAACCUGGCCUGGUGCUGGAGGUCAAAGGUGGUCACCAGUAUGACAAGAACCAGGUGAUCCUCAACACGUGUGAGGAGAGAAAAUUGAACCAAAGGUGGAUCUUGGAUAUCCUGUGAGCCUCCACUCACCAACUCAUACUGAACCCUGUGACGCAGCUCCACCGUGGAACCCACAACACAGAGGUUGACCCAGUGACUCAAUCACUGCACCUUUAUGUAAGGAGGGUAACCAUUGACUGGAUUGACAUUAUAACUAAGCUUAUAGUGUUGAUUGAAUGA